UUUAACACCACACCCGUCCUGUUCUGGAUCAUAACGGAGCUGCACGCCGCCUCUGCUGUGUCUGAAGCUGAGUCCAUCAUGGCGCUGGUUUCUGAAUUCCUGGGCCAGCUGACGUUAUCUUACGGAACGGAGGCGGAGCCUAAGUUUCCCACCGUGGUUCCAGCUCGGGACUUUGACCCGGCGAGAGACGCCGCCCGGAUCGAGACGGCCGUCAAGACCAAAGGUGUGGAUGAACAGACCAUCAUUGACAUUCUGACCAAACGCAGCUACGAGCAGCGCCGAGAGAUCGGCUUCGAGUACGAACGAAUCGCCAAAAAGGACCUCAUCAGCUCUCUGAAGUCUGCUCUCUCCGGCUCUCUGGAGUCUCUCAUGUUGGGUCUGAUGAAGAGUACGGCUCAGUACGACGCCUCGGAGCUGAAGGCCUCCAUGAAGCACCACUAG